AUGACGAGGGAAGUAAAUUUUUUCGGUGUUACUUCCACAGGCUUUCUGUUUAUGAUUUUAGUUCUUGAUGCCGUUGCUGGAGUUGUAAACGGCGGCGCCGAAUUUGGAGAUGGUUUUGACGGCGGCAUUGGCGGGCUUGAUAAAUUUGGAGGUGCCGAUAUGGGUAAUUUUGGGGGUAGCAUUGAAGGUGGAGGCGGCAUGGGCGGCGGGCUCGCCGGAGGAAGUGGCGGCAGUCUUGGUGAUUUGGGCGGCCUAGGAGGUGGUAUGGGCGGCGGUUUUGGUGUUGGUGGUGGUGGCGAAGGCGACUUUAAGAUGGGAAUGGGCGGAUUUAGUGGUCAUGUUAAAGGGGAUUUUGGAGCUGGUGGUGGUGGCGGUGGCGGCCUUGGCAUUGGCGGAGUUGGCGUUGGCGGCGGUGGAGGUGGAGGAAUUGGCGGAGGAUUCGAUGACAGAUUUAAAUUUGGAGAUGGCAGGAAUAAUUAA